ACCUCGGUGCUCAGCCAGCUGAGGGGUCCGGUCAUGCAGCGGCCUCAGUCUGAGCUGUGAGGGUAGUGAAAGGCACUAACUCUGCUCUCUGGAUUGUGUUUUUCUUUUCGUGUUUGGAUGAGCGCCAUGAGAAAAGGGGAAGAUUCAGAGGAAGUGGAGAUUGACUUGGAAGACUCCAGUGACCCUGAUGAAUCCGAUAGUGGGGAGGAACCUGAGAUGCUGUGGAGGGCCCAUCCUGCUCUGGAAGAAGAGGAAGACAUUCACACGUCCACACUAGUGGAAAUCAGUGAUACCAAGCCUCUGAUUAAUGUCAGAGACCCCCGCGGUAUCAAUGACUGUCUCAAGGUGGAGUUUGAGGAUGUGAUCGCUGAGCCGGUGUCGGUGCGCAGCGGGGACAGAGUGUGGAUCUGGAGCGUUGCCCUGUUUGAGGUGUCGAGGGUUUGGAUCUACAGGAUAGUCACAGUGCUUCUGGCCAUUCCCAUUUCAGUUAUCUCUGGUCUCCUCUUUGCCAUCCUCAGCUGCUUCCACAUCUGGAUGGUUGGUCCUUGUAGCCGCUGUAUCCUCAUUGGUGCACGCUGGCUGGAGAGCAUGUGGAGCAUCGUGCUGGGCGUCAUCAUGCGCCCCUUCCUCACGAGUGCUGGGAGAUGCUGCGGAGGCUUCAGCAUCCACCUGGCCAAAGAAUGACACUCACACAUCCACACUGGGAUUGUUCCUUAUGUGCACUGGUGCUCUCGUGGACUGAGCCCAAGUGGGCAUUGAUAUUUGAUUCUUUCAUAUUUAAUUCAAAAUAAAACGUUUAUAAUUACACGUUUUCCACAGUCAAGAUGACUUCGGUCAAAGUC